UAAGUUUUGUCAGCUAUACAUAUACGACACAGAGCACGAGUUUGAAAAUAGAAUGAAGUGGGUUGACACGGAUAAUGGUGACAAAAUAUACCAAGAUAUCGUCAGGGGAUUGAUGGAAAUGCUAGAGUCAACAAAUGAGCUGGUCCCAUUUUUCAGAAUGGCGCGUGAUCGCUUCAAAGAUAAUCCUAUUCAAGAUCUUAAAAUAGUAAUGAAAGUAUGUCGUGCCGUCACUGGACGUGAAAAUUUCAUUGGACCAUCGAAUGAAGUUGGUGCCAUAAUGGUUGGUGACUUAGAGGACACAUGUGGUGAAAGGGAUAUAAUUAUUGAGAGCUUUCAAAAAGGGCUGGAACGUAUAUCGGAUAUUCAUCCUAAACUAAUGUCACUGCAGUACCCACUGUUGUUUCCUAGUGGUGAGGAUGGGUACCAUGAUGAUAUCCCAUAUGAAAGGAACAAAAACAACGCUGGGAAGAAACGCAAAAGAAUAACAAUGAAAGAGCUUUACUCUUAUAAGAUACAAGUUCGGCACAAUGAAGGUAGCACUGCAAGGUUCGGUGGUAGAUUGUUUCAACAGUAUGUUGUGAAAUCUUUUUCAGCCAUUGAGCAAGCUCGGUUAUGGUGGUUUCGUACACACCAGACAACACUACGCAAUGAUCUCUACUGCAAUAUAAAAAAUAGUCUUCGUUAGGGUGAAAGCUCAACUACUAAUGUUGGUAAAGGUUUUAUACUACAUGCUGGUUUCGUUGGCUCAAAACGUUACAUGCAGUAGAGCUUUCAAGACGCUCUUGCUGUAUGUCGUUAUAUUGGGCACCCGGAUAUAUUUUUGACCAUGACCACUAAUCCAAUGUGGGAUGAGAUUUCAGAGAUGAUGAAAAAUAUGCCUGGUUGUUCCUCUGUUGACUCUCCUCUCCUGAUAUAAUAGCUCGCGUGUUCAAACUUAAG